UUUUGAAUGCCACAGUGCCUCCUUGGCAAAAGCAAAAGAACAUUCACAAGAAUGGAGAGCGGUGGUUCCAUUUCCUGUAGAGGACUCAGAUGCAGGAAGUGAAUCUGAUUGUGAUGAUUUAUGUCUUGAGGUGGAAGCAAAAGAAGAACAUAGCUAUUGUAGCAGAUGUCCUACUGAAAUCGAUAUACAGGACAACCUCUAUGGACCUGACACAAAUUGUUACCCAAACGUGCAUACAUCUGAAAAAUGCAGAAAAGAUGCUAGCUUUAGCCAGCACGAGUAUGAUUCGGACAGCAGACAUACAGCUAUGGAGCACAAGAAACUCAUGGAUUUGUGUCUGCCAGUUUCCACCACACAGGAAUCAGGUUUGAUCACUGGCAGUCUUUCCAACACUAAAUGCAUCACAUUAAAAAUGCCUGUAAACAAAAGGACAUCUGACACAGCUUGCACUGUUAGCCAGUCAUACAAUUAUCAUCUUCAUUCUCACUGCCCAACACAGGACACACACAGACCUACCGAUUACAAAUACUCUCAGCCUGGCCGCUCUCAUCUUUCAGAUGAGUCGAGUGAUGAGGACAAGCCUGAUUCUUUUGGUCAAAGUCCCAAAGAGCACACCUUUCUCCAAGAGUCUACAGAACAGGUUCUCUUGGACACAAAUAUUAAACCUGCUGAGCUGCCUGUGUCCUGUAAACAUAGAUCUGACACAGAAGACAAAGAGGUUAGAAGGGACAGAGCUGAGUCUGCUAUCAGGAAUCAUGAUAAAUCACCAAGUAAUGAGGGGCCAUCUGUGACAUGGACUGAGAUGAAAAAAAUCAGAAAAAGGUCUAAAUUUGAGGGUGAGAGCUUAGAUAAAACUAAAGGAAAGACAAAAGUCCUGAAAAAAUCUGUGGCUGUGGAGGUUUCCAACCCUAAUGAGGGUGAGAGCAAGAUCAUCCCCUGGCCAGGUUGUUCAUCUCUAUGUGAACCAGACUGUGUUCAAGCCUCCGUGCCAUCCACUUUGUCUGCAGGCAUACCUUCCACCCUUUCAGACGGCAUGCCUAAAGAGAGGUCAUCUCAUCUGUCAUCUCCUACUCACCAACCUUUCCAGUGCUCUCUAUGUGAUCGUUCCUUUAGCCAGCGAGGCUCUCUGAACAGACACAUGCGCAGCCACCUUGGCGUCCGGCCCUUCCCCUGCCCGUGCUGCCCUAUGACCUUCUCACGCCAGUACCGUGUCACAGAGCACAUGCGAGUUCAUCAGCGCGGUGCUCUUGGGAAUGACUUUCAAAAGCCUACUGACUCUUCUCUCAGAGACGAGAAUUAGCCACAUAGCUGAAAUUUGUAACUGAAAAAUGGCAUUAAUAAUUAAUUAAUUAAUUAAUGUCUGGUUUGUGGAUGCAGUCCUUUGUAAUGAUAAACACUGAGUAUUAUUCACGAUUCCUACAGUUUUUAAAAGUUUGGAAUGAUCUUUUAACUUUUUUUUUCUUUGAUUUAAACUUUUAAAGGUAGCAUCACUAGACACAAUGACACGGUUUGCAGUUUCUUGCGAACUUUCUGAAAUCUGAAAUUUCUUUUUUAUAGUUGGUGUAAAAUUUAGAUCAGAUAAAUGCCUUGAUUGUUGAAACGUUUACUACACCAAUGACUAUUGGCAGCUUUUAUCAGUGAUUAAAAAAAAUGCUGUAAUGUAUUUGGAAAUGCAACUCUUGCCCUGCACAUACAACAGACAAAAGCAGUUAGUCGACAACAUGGGAACUCAUGAGCUGUUUAGCAGCUCCAGAAGCUUGUAUUUCCUACCAGAAAUAUAUUUAGAUCAAGACCAACAUGAAAUAUCUUUCAUGAAAAGUUCUCAGUUUACAAGAUCAUGAAUGAUUUGACAAUACGAUCAUUACAGCAUAUUUUUUUUGGCCAGUAGCUACCAUAAAACCUGUAUAAAAAUGGUGCGGUCUCUCCUUAUACAUCUUUUUACCUGCUGAUUGUAAACCCCAGCAGAAGUGGUAUAUUAUAACAGUGAUUGUGAUAAUAAUGUCCAUCAUCUUUUAUUGUUUUUGUUUUAUUUUUUGUCAUUAAUCUGCAUACAGAUACAUCUUCUCGUUUUACUUUAAAGAUUAUUUUUGCUUGUUAGCUUAAAGUUGUUAGCCUUUUUUUUUGUUGUAUUUACAUGCUGACUUCAUUCCAUUUAGCACAGUAGUGUACCUGUAUUCAGUUGACGCUUCUACAGUACUUUGCGUAUCAGUACUUGUGCUCUUAGCUGAAGUUCAUGUUCGGCCUCGUCUAUACCAAAGUACUUUUAGGAAGUUUAUGGGACAUUUUCAUGUUUCAUGAAGCUCCCGCUAUGUUGCCUGAAUUGCUGUCCUAAAAUGAACAUAGAUCCAUUUGUUGAUGUUGCAUUAUAUUUGUACAUUUUGGUAAAGUACUAAUAAAUAAUUGAACAAAU